AGGUCUUCUGCAGUAGUAGAUGAUUUCUUAUUGGCCUUUAUCCAUGAAUUUUUUCCAGAGAAUGUAGCACGAUUGGGCAAAACUACUCAGUCAUCAACUUACGCAGGAUCUUAUUCUGUAUUGGCUCUUGAUGGAUUGUUGCACAGCUGGACCCACACUGACCCUGAAACCAACCCAUGGUGGAGAGUGGAUCUACUGAAGGUAUACAGAGUGAACAGAGUGACCAUCACUAAUAGACCGACCUUUGCUGAUAGGAUUAACGGAGCGGUGAUUCGUAUCGGGAACUUUCUUGACAUUUACAGCAACACCAUAUGUGGUGUAAUUUCUACUCUUGCAGCCAGUGACACGGCCACUUUCUCGUGCGGUGGGAUGGUGGGUCGUUAUAUGGUUGUUCAUAUUCCUGGAGAUCAGAAGAUUCUUAGUAUUGUUGAAGCUGGAGUCUACGGGUAUUUGGCAGGAAAUCGGGCAAUAGGAGGAGCCACUAUACAGUCAUGUGCUGUUAUUCCUGCUAUUCCAGCAGGUAAGUCCUACAACUACUCAUGUGAUGGACUGGAUGGACGUUACGUGAUUAUUCAUGUUCCUGGAGACAUGAAGAUACUCACUCUGUGUGAGGUUGAAGUCUACGGGUAUUUGGCAGAAAAUCUGGCAGUAGCUGGAGCUGCUAUACAGUCGUCAACAUCUGCGGACUGGUUUGCUGAAAAGGCCAUUGAUCGAGGUCUCCAGCAGUUGUAUACGGGAUGCUCCUCAACCCUUAAUGAGACGGACCCGUGGUGGAGGCUGGAUCUGCAUGAUGUCUACCGAGUUAGUAAAGUGGUCGUCACUAAUAGAAAUGACUGCUGUGCAGAACAAAUAAACGGAGCAGAGAUUCGCAUCGGAAACUCUUUGGAGAAAAACGGCUCCAACAAUCCCAUAUGUGCUGUUAUUCCUGCUAUUCCAGCAGGUGAGUCCUACAGCUACUCAUGUGAUGGGAUGGAGGGACGUUACGUGAAUCUGAUCAUUCCUGGAGACAUGAAGAUACUCACUCUGUGUGAGGUGAAGGUCUAUGGAGAAGGUCCCUGUUUAAAAAGAUCAUUUGUAAAACUGCUGUUUCGCUCCAGCAAAGAUUUGACCGACUCUACAAUGAGAGAAAACGUUCUGAAACAGUUGAGAUCUGCUCUGGCUGAUAGAGGAAUCACAGACGUGACACUGAAGUGGUCACAAACCCCUAAACAGGAAGUGAUGCGGAAAGUGAACGCUGACAAAAGUCGCUGUGAUACAAGACGAUAAUUCCCAGGAAAUCAACAGUGUGUCUGACUCACUAAAUUCACAUUCAUUCAAUUUCUUCAUAAUUUAUGAAAGCUUGUUUCCACCACUGAAUAGAAAAUAAAAGGUAAUUGUGACAUUUUAUCUCACAAUUCUGACAUAAAGUCCAUUCUGAGGGGCAAAAAAGAGAGACUAUUUUCUUACAAUUUUAAAUUUAUAUCUCGCAAUUACGACUUUAUUACUCAGAAUUAUAUCUUUAUUUCACAGAAUUGUGAGAGUAGUAACUGUGCUCGACAGCCAGACAACUUUUUUUGCGAUUGGUGCGAGAGGGUUUUGGUUUGCAGAACUUCGCACACUAGAUGAGAAACGGCAUUAUAAUGCAUUAUAAUUGUACCAAAUCCUUGUUAAUGUACUACAGUCUAGUGUAGUCCUAGUCUUUACAUUUUAAUAUUAGAAACAGUACUAAUAGCAUUAGUUAGAUGCCAGAUAUAUUAUGCAUUUUUUAAGCUAUGACUUUGGAUAAUUGAUUUUUAGAAUAGAGAUCAUGGUUCUCCCACGAUUCAGAAAACAAAACAUUAGACAACCAAACUAAAUAAUAUGUAGGCUAAUAUUCUUGAGGUUCUGACAAAAUGUUUUAUUUAAUGUUAUAAAUAAGUCUAUUUAAAAAUAUGUAUUAAUUUAAAUGAAUUCAUGAUGUAAAAAAUCAUUUGAAAUAAAUGACUGAAGACUUCC